UUGCCAGCUACGGACUGAAGCCCAUUUGUGAUGCACAUGGAUGGUUUAUUUGUGGAUGUGCUUGAGUGAUAUGGAAAUGAAGGGAUCUGGUGCCAGAAGAGAGCAACAGCACAGUGCUGGCCGAGGGAAGAGCAGCUCAGAGCCAGCUCCGGUGUGACAGCCAGGGAGCACCACACACAGCCAGGCGCAGUGCAGCUGACAAGAAAUGAAGAGUUCUCCUGAGAUUUGGAUGUCAGUUCAAAGUCAGCUGUAAAGAACAUUUCCAAAAAAGAACUUCUUGGAACCACCAUGACAAUACAAUUCUUCUGCUCAUUAAUCGGAUACAUUAGUAUCUUUCAAAUUCCUGGAGUGCUGGCUGCGGAAUCUAAUGAAACUACUUCAUCUUACAACACUUCACCAAGUACUACAGAAUCUACUGAGGGUGACACUGGCUCGUUAUUGACGUCUGUACUGGUUCCUCUGCUAGUAUGCUUUGUUCUUAUCCUUGUGGCUGGAUAUCUUUUAAGGUCCAGAAAGCAUCGAAAAGCAGAUGUUUCAUCCGGUGAAAAAAAGAUACCUAAUGGAAUUUUAGAAGAAGAAGAACAACAAAGAGUGAUGCUACUGGGCAGUUCUCCCACUGUUUUGAAGAAAUAUUUUCCUAUUCCGCUGGAGAACUUGGAAGAAGAGAUCAGGAUAAGAUCAGCUGAUGAGGGGAAACUUUUCAGAGAAGAGUAUAAUUCAUUACAGUCUGGAAAUUUACAAGGAUCACUUGAGGCAGCGAAUAAAGAUGAAAACAAAGAAAAAAAUAGAUAUCCCAACAUUCUUGCAUAUGAUCAUUCCAGAGUUAUUUUGUCACCAAUCGAUGGCGUCCCAUGUUCAGAUUAUAUUAAUGCAUCAUAUAUAGAUGGCUACAAGGAAAGGAACAAAUUUAUAGCCGCUCAAGGUCCAAAGAAAGAUACUGUUAAUGAAUUCUGGAGAAUGAUUUGGGAGCAAAAAUCUGCUACUAUAGUCAUGUUAACCAACCUGAAGGAAAGGAAGGAGGACAAAUGCUAUCAGUACUGGCCUGACCAAGGUUGUUGGAUUUAUGGAAGUAUUCGAGUCUCUGUUGAAGAUGUCAUAGUCCUUGUAGACUACACGAUUCGCAAGUUUUGCAUACAAGCCGUUCAUGAUGGAUGCAAAACUCCCAGGUUUAUCACACAAUUGCAUUUCACCAGUUGGCCUGACUUUGGAGUACCAUUUACACCUAUUGGCAUGCUAAAAUUCCUAAAAAAAGUAAAAUCACUGAAUCCUACCCAUGCUGGACCUAUCGUGGUUCACUGCAGUGCUGGUGUUGGACGAACGGGGACAUUCAUAGUGAUAGAUUCUAUUAUUGACAUGAUGAAUGAAGAAAAACAAGUGAAUGUCUUUGAUUUUGUUGCAAGAAUCCGGAAUCAACGUCCUCAGAUGGUUCAGACAGAUAUGCAAUACUCCUUCAUUUAUCAAGCCUUACUGGAAUACUACCUCUAUGGUGACACUGAACUUGACGUGGCCUCGUUAGAAAAACACCUACAAAGCCUAUACAGCCCUGCACCCCAUUUUGAUAAGAUUGGGCUUGAGCAAGAAUUUAAGAAAUUAACAAAUGUUCGAAUAAUGAAAGAGAAUAUGAGAACAGGAAACCUGCCAGCCAACAUGAAAAAAGCAAGAGUCAUUCAGAUCAUCCCAUAUGACUUCAACAGAGUGAUUCUUUCGAUGAAGAGGGGUGAAGAAUACACAGACUACAUAAAUGCUUCAUUUAUUGAUGGUUAUCGACAAAAAGACUAUUUUAUUGCAACCCAGGGGCCAUUGCCUCAUACAGUGGAAGAUUUCUGGAGGAUGGUUUGGGAAUGGAAGUCUCAUACGAUUGUUAUACUGACAGAGCUGCAGGAACGUGAGCAGGAAAAAUGUUUUCAGUAUUGGCCUUUAGAGGGCUCUGUAUCCCAUGGAGAAAUAAACAUAGACAUUAAAAAUGACCGGCUUUUAGAUGCAAUAAGCGUGAGAGACUUCAUAGUUACAAGUAAUCAGGAGAAACAGACUCGGCUGGUGCGGCAGUUUCAUUUUCAUGGCUGGCCUGAAAUAGGAAUCCCUGCUGAAGGGAAAGGAAUGAUUGACCUUAUUGCAGCUGUCCAAAAACAACAGCAACAAACCGGAAACCACCCUAUCAUUGUGCAUUGCAGUGCUGGUGCUGGAAGAACAGGAACAUUUAUUGCGCUCAGCAACAUCUUAGAGCGAGUGAAAGCUGAAGGAUUACUGGAUGUUUUUCAGACGGUGAAAAGUUUGCGCAUGCAAAGGCCUCACAUGGUGCAGACACUGGAACAGUAUGAAUUUUGCUACAAAGUGGUACAAGACUUCAUUGACAUAUUUUCAGAUUAUGCCAAUUUUAAAUAAAUGAACCAAUCUUAAAGAAGUUUGGUUUAAAUGUAUAAUAAAUUUAAUGUUAUAAAUAUACAUAACUUAUCUCUGUUUUGAUAAUAUGCUUUUAUAUUAUUUUGUGCUAUCAAAUAAAAAAAAUCAUCAUCUUUGUUAAAUUCAGUAUUGUGAUGUAAAAAAAAAUAAUCUAAAAACGGCAAGCCUUGUGUGAGGUGGGAAGCAAAUGUAUGUAUAGUAAUGUAUAUAUUUAUUUAUUUACAAUAGGGGAUAUAUAUUGCCAUACAAUACAUUUUUAAAUAGAAUUCUGGCUUGUGUUGUCUAUUAGCACUUAAGCCAUAUAAAAUGACCAAUUACAUAAAAAGUAUGCAUUGUACAGUUUUAUUCCUACUCAUUUCAACUUUUUACUAUGAUGUCAAUUUAAAAGGUUUAGUAUGAUACAAGAAAAUAGAUCUGCAGUGAUAUAUAAGGGGUUAGUGGUAAAUUCUUUAUAUAUUUUGUUAUGACCAUUAUACCGCAAUUGUAGUCAAGGAUAGUAUUUAAAUGGAAAUUGCUAGGGAAAAAUAAACAAUUUCUUUGUUGACUCAUGCAACAUUGUAAAACAAUAACCCAUUGUAUUCUUCGGCGUUGUCAUAUGCAAGAAUAAAAAAUAUUUUCUGUAUUGUAAA